GUGGCUCCCGGCGCCGCCCCGCCGACAGCCGCGGGAGGGGGACGGGGACGGGGACAGGGACGGGGCCGGGGGGGGGCGCCGCGUGUGCGGGGCUCGCCCGCACCGGGACCCGCACCGGGACCGGCAGCGGGACGGCAAACGGGGCCGCUGGCGGCCGGAGGCGGCUCGGCGGCCUGCGGGCUGUAAGAAGAUGAACGCCUGAUUCCUCAGCAGAUGCAUGCCCACUGUGCCCAGAUGCAAGUAUGGACAUAAUAGCCUAUGAUGCUUACUCCAGUCCACCGCUUCAGAGAUAUUGAAAGGAAACCUGAAUACCUACAGCCAGAAAAGUGCGUUCCACCUCCUAGCCGCGCUUCCCUGGGAACAAUGUGGUUUAUUCGAGAUGGCUGUGGUAUUGCAUGUGCUGUCGUCACCUGGAUGCUGGUGUUCUACGCCGACUUCGUAGUCCUCCUUGUCAUGCUGGUUCCAUCGAGAGAUUACGUUUAUAGUGUCAUCAAUGGCACGCUGUUCAACACCUUGGCUUUCCUCGCUUUGGCUUCCCAUUUCCGAGCUAUGCUGACAGAUCCAGGUGCUGUACCCAAAGGUAAUGCAACAAAGGAGUUCAUUGAGAGUUUACAGCUAAAGCCAGGACAGGUGGUUUACAAGUGCCCAAAAUGUUGUAGCAUCAAACCUGACAGAGCACAUCACUGCAGUGUUUGCAAGAGGUGUAUUCGGAAAAUGGACCAUCACUGCCCGUGGGUCAAUAACUGUGUAGGAGAGAAUAACCAGAAGUACUUUGUACUGUUUACAAUGUAUAUAGCACUGAUCUCCCUGCAUGCUCUGAUUAUGGUGGGAUUUCACUUCUUGUAUUGCUUUGAAGAAGACUGGACAAAAUGCAGCUCCUUCUCUCCACCAACCACGGUGAUACUCCUCAUCCUCUUGUGUUUCGAGGCUCUCCUAUUUCUCAUCUUCACCUCAGUUAUGUUUGGGACCCAAGUACACUCCAUCUGCACUGACGAAACGGGUAUUGAGCGUCUUAAAAACCAGAAGCCCACCUGGGAGAAGAUCAGCGGCUGGGAAGGGAUGAGGGCGGCCUUCGGCGGUGCUUUCUCCUUGGCGUGGCUCAGUCCUUUCUCAAAUCUGGACUGCAAGAGCCAGCCGCCAGCUGGGGUGGAGGCAGCAGCCCCCGCAUCCGCGAUCAUGACCCAAGAAGAAAUCGAGCAGUUCCUGGCUCGCGACGUCGCCAUCCAGGUGUUACGUGAAUAAGCAAAGCAUCCUUGGAGGUGUCCAGGGACGGUUUCAGGUCCUUUUGUUUUAAUAGCUACUCGCACUGGAGAGAGGUAGGGUGGGUUUUCGGUUGGUCGGUUUGUUUUUAAUGUACUUCGGGUGCAGAAAAUAAUUCGGGAGUAUUUAUCGGGAAGCCAGGGCCGGCACUAGCAGAAGCAGUGCAAAUCUCCAGCCAAAGCUUUAUAAACGGGGAGAUUCAUAAGCUCCUCUCUCCUGACCCGUGUCGCCUGCUGUAUUGAGCACUUCUAACGUGGCCUUUAAGGAAAGCUGCCAGCGUGGUCCCAGAAGGUGCAUCCCGGGGGGUCUGCGAGCCCUUGUGUCCUUCAGAGGCUGCGUGAGAAGCGUGGUGUGUAGGCCGCGUUACUCGGCUCUGAAGGUUUUGCUAAAAACACCUCCUUUUGAGCUCAGCCUGUGGACACCAGCUCUGGACUGUGAAGGAUGCUGGAGUUUGGGCUCCUGGCAGAGGUCGGGUGCUGGGUUUUGGGAACACUGGGGCUGUUCCUGCACUCACGGAGCUAUCUGCACCCCACCGUGCUGCUGGGCUUGCUCUGCUUACGCCUCUUCUUCCUUCUCUGGGUAGCCAGAGGUAGCUGGCAACGAGCAUUGCCUCUUAAUCCUUCCUCUAACGUUGUCCUGUCAGUGUUUGCUGCUAAUCAGGGGCUCCUUAAGCUAAUUUCGCAGCCAGCUCCUGGUGGACGGUGUCAGCACGGAGGAGGACCUCGUGUCGCCCAAGGAGGAUGCUGCUGCAGGUGGCAGUGGUCACGGCAGGAGCAUGUGGGGACCACAAACUGCACACUCUGGGCACCAGUUACAGCAGCUUUAUAUUUAGAGUAUUAUUCUGUUGGUUGUUGUGUUGUUUUCUUCUUCACGUCAUCUCCCUCAUCUUAAUUAGCAGGGAAUUUUGCAGGGUACCAGGGAGACGUGCUCCUGGGUUUCCACCACGGGCUGUGCUUGGCUUCGAGCCCCCCGCCCCAGAACGUGGAACAAAGACGAUUGCUUCCUCUAGAAAAAAAGAUAAAAGAGGCAGGGAGGGAUUGUGGGAGACUUGGGUUAAGUUUCUGUUAUUUAUUGAAGCAAUACCAGGUGGGAUUUCUGCAAGAUUUUAUUUUAUUUUUUUUCAUGACAGUGAUAAAGGAGCUUUGGGGAUGAAAAUGUGGUAACAAACAGAGCCUGAUGACUGUUAGGAGCACAGUUUGGGUGCAAACCAGGAAAAAAAAAAAAAAAGAUAUUUGCAAACAAGAGCAUUAAUGGGACAUGAGGGACAUACACAGAUCUGUACGGGAUUUCCUAUAGGGAUGUUUAAGGAGGACACUAAGACUGGCUCAUGUUUCCUCAUUUUGGCUUGCUGCUCAGCCUCUGCCUGCCCCCUCUGAGCUUCUCUGCCCCUGCUGCCCUACCCAUGGGGUGGGAAUGGUGCUGCGGGGUCCUGCAGGAGAAACGAGGUCGUGGCUGGACACCAGCAGCUUUGGGAGCAGAGCACUUGGAGGUAAUUUGAUGGCUACAUCCGAGGUGUGACUGCUGGGGCGGGCUGAGGGCCUCAGUUUGGGGAAAAUUGCCUUGUGCCAUGUCUGGGUGAUGCUCCUCGGGUGCUGCUCUCAUUGCUUUGGGUGGACGCGGGUUGAGGCGGCGUGUUUUGGCCUCUGCUCUCCAGGCUGGUGCACCCCGUCGUGUCCCACCUCCUGCAUCGCUCCUCAGGUGCUGGCAUUUCCUUGUUUUGUUUUGUUUUUCUUUAUUUUUUAAUAACUGAAACUGGAAAGCAGCAUGACGUGAGGGGUGAGGCUGCCCCCCUCCUCCCCCUACACCCUCCCACAUUUUCAUCCCAGCCAAGGGGCAGGAGCUGGAAACCUUCCAGCAUCAGGAACCCAGAGUAUUUCCUUCACAUCCUCACUCUACCUCCUGCCCUGCCUCGACACAGCGUGGCAAACGUUGGGGAAGUGGCAGAAGCCUUCAGGAGAUGGAGAAACGUCCUUUAUUGCUGGCUCUGCCACAGAUCUCACACCUUAAUUCCCACCCGCCUGCUCGAGACCAAAUGUGAUUUCCGUGAAAUUGAAACCAAAUCCCUGGUUCCCCUCCCCUUCCCUUUGCGUGCCUGUUGCCCCCCGUGCCGUGGUGCCUUCGCCUCCAGCCCUGUGUGUGGUGGCUGCCCCAGGGGCCCUCGAGGAUGCUCCCCCCAGUGAAGGCCCCGUGGUGAGGGCACCUGCCUGGGCUGGGGCUCCUGCUGCUGCUCCGGGGUGAGGAUUUCCUCCGUGGUGGGACAGGGUCGUGGUGGCUGUGGGAAGCCUUCCUCUACUCUGGUGUCUUCCACAGCAGGUUUUUCUAUGCAAGUUGAGCACUUACAUCUCUUGGAAAUGUAUGUAUUUUGGUAAUUGUAACUCCUGUUUUAUGCCUCUGGGGGCUAAGUGUACUUAUUAUUAAAGAAUUAACACUUCCA